AUGACCUCGCUGUCAAAUGACCAUGAUGAUUAUAUCACCCAGGACUACGGAAGUCCUACAUCAACAGUCAGCUCUGGCUUUGGUCCAUCGCACACCACCUGCCCCCAUCGCGAUGAUAAUCUACCAGAAGUAGUGGGCGAGGAUGCCUCUCAACGGCCAUUAACAGCUCUUGACACCGGAUAUAUUGGGAAAUUUGGCAGUUGCCCUGAGAGCAGAUCUACAGAAAAGUUGAAUGACACGACCAAGGUAGUGGUUCCAAGUGAGCACAGCACCAGCAACCAGAAUCCUCAAUCUGCCGCCAGUACCACCAAGGCCGUACCAUGGGAUGUCAAGACAACAGGGGGAGUCAGCAUCCAGUCAGAGUCUGGAUUCGAAAAGUCAAUAGCAAAUGAAGGAGGGGUUGGUCCUGCUAAAGACGGCACAAUCAUGGGCUUGGGAAGAAAGUCAUUCUUUAUUCUGCUCACCGUUGUGGCUGUCAUUGUCGUUAUUGCAGUUGGCGCAGGAGUUGGUGGAGCAGUUGCUGCGACAAGAAAUAACAAUAAGUCGAAUGAUAGUCCCGCAGAAGCAGGCUCUACCACAUCAGUGUCGUAA